UCCCAUGAAACUGAAGCUAGCUGGUGGUCAUAGAGAAUGAGGAACUCAAGGAGUUCACAGCACUUUUUCACUGUGGUUUAUCUUGCUUUCAAGUCUGCCUUAAGACUAGAGGUAAGAGGAAGGAACUGCGGAACCAACAUUCUUGAGUUCUGGUGUACAUCAUGUAAUUUAUCUUUCCACUGGCAACCAUAGGAGGAAAGGACAGCUAUCCUUUAUAAAACAGACAUUUAGCAUACCCAAGAAUAAUAAAACUACAACAUUUAGUUGGUGAUUUAUAUUCAAAUCAAGUCCUUUCCAUGUUUCAUUUUGUGUCUGACUGUGAGAGAUAUAUUUCAUGGACUAGCUUUAUGAAUGUUCCUCCAACACUUGUAGUAGUGACACUAAAUGUAGAUGCUUGAUACCUAUACAGAUACUUAACGUGCUCUAGUUUAUCUAGUGCAACAUCUAUAUCUGUUGAUGCAAAUAGUCUCUUCAUUUAUUUAGCAGUUUACUGCACCUAAUUAUAUCCCCACAGAUAACAUUUCCUGAGUGUGCAUCUAAACCUACAUUAAAAGUCCCCUUUGAAUAGGAAACUAUGACAUUCAGAUGCAUAAGUUUGAGGUUACGUGUACUUUUAAGGGCAUUCUCUCUGCAACCUGCUGUUAAACUUUAUUAUGUGUUCCUCAAAAUGGCCACUAAAGAAUACCACAGUAGAGCAUUUCCAAAGCAGAGGUUGGUCAGCAAGCAAUGCAAGUGCGUGCCUGCGCUCAAUCGCAGACCCAGUCUUGUAAUUUGUGGCCUCAGCAGUCGGCAAGGUUUAGGCAUCAGAUGGGAGGGUCUGAGCUAGAGCCGUCACAUAGAGAGGAAGCGGCCUUGUUCUCCAGCGACAUGAAGCAAGAGCAGUCACAAUCAAACCUUCUCAAUGGGUGAGUCUGUUUUCUAUGUUUCUAAAUGGGUCACUUGGUGUUUCAAACAGGUUAUGUGAAUGUGUAAAUGUUGUGUAACUGUUGAGUAAAAGCUGCCAUCAGUCUGAUUUGAGCGUGUGGUGCGUCUGACCAUAUCUAGGGCAGUCCGGAGGGCAUCUAGGGCAGUCCGGAGGGCAUCUAGGGUAUUUGCAGCUGGACAGGAAACAGUUUGAUCUAGUAUGGCAAGAUGCUUCAGAUUAAAGCCAGCCAGUAUUUUGAAAAUAUCUUUAAAGACCAUGUUCAUUUUAGUCAAAAUAUAAUUUAAGUGUUCACUGCUAUACAUAGGAACAUUUGUAAUGUGAAAAGACUUUUUCUUUCACUCGACGGGAGGUACAUAUCACACCAGCAAGAACAUCUUGAACAUAAAUAAUACAGUUCAGUUAAAUUUAAAAUGGACAGCUAUUUGAUGUCAUUAAAUACUUAAGUACUUACUUAAAUAUACGAAAGGGAAUCAUUUUUUACAUUUUACAUGAUAUAGCAAUUCAAGUUUAAUAGUUAAAAGACAACCAUGCGUGCUGUAAAAACUGGAUUUUACCGUGUACUAGUUAAGCCUGUUAAGCUGACUGGUAAGAGUUUCAUUAAAUUCAUGAAAUUCUUAAAUUUAAUAAAGUUAAAAGGUCUCUUCAAUGGUGGAAAUACUGAAUUCUAAGAUAAUAUGGCUUGCCAUAUACUAGCAAUACAGACUUCUGUAUUGACAGUGAUCGUCAGGUCAUGCCAUCGAUCAGUGAUAAUACCGAGAUGAUGUUGACAGUGAUCGUCAGGUCGUGCCAUCGAUCAGUGAUAAUACUGAGAUGAUGAGUCUGAACAGAGGUGAAAACCAUCCAAAUCCAAAACCUGACGCGUAUUAACAGGUGAAUUUCAACAGUGGGUCUCAACCCCAUUUCCUUUCCAUUCAGUCACUCAGUGUGGACAUGUCUUUACGGCAAGUACGCUGGAAAGUCCCACACUCAUGCCAUCCAGCCCCCAAAACCUUGUGAGCCUUCAGUAGCUGGCCUACUAGGAAGUGAACAGGAAACGACAGCUGUGACACAACGGUACCUGUGCAGUAUUGGUUAGAGUGAGAUGAGAGGCCGGCCGGAAAUGACAAGCCUUACUGGGCCCCCAGACAGCCCACAGUAACCUCAGGCACCAGCCAUCCUCAUUUAGCGCCCCAAACUGUCACUAGCUUCCGUCCGGCCUCACCAUCUUUGCUGGGCAGUAACAUGGUUCAGUGGAUGUGUGAGAUCCGAUGGCUUUGUCGGUGAAAAAGAAGGGAUUCGCCAGCUCUCCAGCUCACUCCAGUGGGAAGAUGUGUCGCGAGCGCACUAAGAACAUGUCAACUACUCAGGUCUACUGGCCCGUGCCCAUGAGGGCCAUCGGAGCUCAGAACCUCCUGACCAUGCCCGGGGGCGUCACCACAGCCGGAUACCUACACAAGAAAGGCGGAAGCCAGUUAAGUCUCAUGAAAUGGCCCUUACGGUAUAUCAUCAUUCACAAAGGGUGUGUGUACUACUUUAAAACAAGCACUUCUGCUACACCGCAAGGGGCUUUCUCACUCAAUGGUUACAACAGGGUUAUGAGGGCAGCGGAAGAAACAACUUCCAGCAAUGUGUUCCCCUUCAAGGUGGUGCACUUCCGUAAGAGAAACAGAACCUGGUACUUCUCUGCCGCCAGCGAGGAUGAGAGGAGGAAAUGGAUGAGUCAUUUAAGGAGAGAAAUCGACCACUAUAAUGACCGUAGAGACUACUGUGCUCCAAGUGACUCAGACUCUGAUGCAGAGAGCUUCUAUGGGUCAAUCGAGAGUCCAAUGAAUAUCACCCACGUGGCUGAAAACCCCGAAGCUGAUUAUCUCUUGGAGGAGGACUCUGAUGAUGAAGAGGACUACCUGAAGCCUGAUGGACCAUCUCCAACAGCAGGUCGACCCAUCGCACCCCCUCCCUCGUACCCUCCCCCUCCCGUGCCCUUUCACCCCCACCUGAACUCACCGCCUGCUCCUUCGAAGGGCCCGCCCCCGCCCCCGCCCCCUCCCGCCAUCCCAAAGAAGCCGCCGCCGUCCAUCCCUGUGCCCACCCCAUGCAGCCUGUCCCCCAGCUUUCCCCCACUGCACGCGCCCAUACUCCCAUUACCCAAACCAGGGUGCUUACGGGGCCCUCGAAGUCCAACGCCUCCCGUCCCGUCCAUCGACAGCCUGAGGAAGCAGAUCGGCUCUAGGGUUACCUCCACCAUGCCCCCUAGUGAGGCCAGGGACCGGAGGGCCAGCCCCUCCGUGGUCAUCUCGGAGCCAGCCACGCUUCCCAUCUGCAUUGGUCUGGUGAAGAAGGUCGCCCUGGACGGCCACCCAAAACCCCCUCCCUUCGCUCCACCCAACAGACCUCCUCCUCCCCCUCUACCCAACCACUACCGAAUCAACAAGCCUCCAUUUCCGACAGUGCCCAGCCCAGGCAGCAAACCCCAAAGCCAGGUGACGGCAACCUCCCCCAACCUCGCUCUGACCAAACCCAAGCCUCCUCCUCCUAAACCUCCACUCCCAACAGCUAAGGCCACAGCAAGAGGCCCCUCACUGCAAAGAUCGUCUCCGGACGGGCAAAGCUUUCGCUCCUCGGUGGAAGAGGUUCCCAGCGCAGUGAGAAAGAAGAAAAAGAAGAAGUGCAAGGAAGAUGAUGAGGACUCUGAUGAUGACUAUGAAAAUGUGCAACUGCCAGAUUCUGUAUUUGUCGACACAACAGAAACCAGCAUGGUUGAAAAAAUGUUUAAGGAGUUGCCUAGCUUUCCAGAUGAUGGAAUUUACUGCUUCCGCAACUCAGGAACUAAAACAUCCAAGGUGCUAGUCGUGUGGGAUGUGAGCUUAAACAAAGCAAGGAACUACAGGCUCUUUGAAGAGGAGUCGGAGUUCUUCCUGGAGACGGACUACACCUUUAGCUCGCUGGCCGAUCUGGUGGAGUUCUAUUACGGCAACCCACUACCCAACCACGGCUCCCUCUUGUUGCAGAAGCCCUACGGCUACACCCCGCCCAGGUGAUCUCACCUAUCCGUCUGCAAGGGCUCAUGGCACCCAUCAGUGUCAGCCUGCGCACAACGGCAUUAGACUCCCAGACCUGCAAGUGAAGUGCCCUCUGCAGGUUGAGACAUGUCACUACACCUACAGAUGGCCCCCAUCGGUCAUGUGGGAGGACACAUGUAGCGUGUGUGCACUGCAGGAGCCGUGGGUGGGAUCUACUACUGCACGUUUGUUCGCUCUGAAUACCCACAUUCUCCGCAGUGGACUCAACAGUAGGGUCACCAAACUGCGAGGGCAAUGAAUCACUUCAAAACUGCCGUGGGGUUAAAAAGGCCAACGGGUUCAAAUGCCAAGGUAAAACAAACAGUUGUUUCCCUGACUGAACUCUAUUACAAAGGUAAAGCUGGAACAGCGGUUCAAGAAAGACACAGCAAGAAGCAUUAAGAGGACGCCACAGUAUUAUGUUGUUUUUCCGCUUCCUAGUUUAAAAAGAAAGUACAUGGAUGUGCUUUGUGCAUUUGAAAUGCAGCACAUAACAUCAUAGAAUGACUGAAUGCUGAGACCUAUGUAUUCAUAUCAGAAAGACUUAAUCUAUUCUAGGUCACAGGUUCAUCCAUUGAUGUUUCUUGCUGGAGCUCAGCAAGAGGAACAAAAUGCCAAGGCCAUGGUGUCUAGGCACAACAGAUACUUAUAAAAUGCCAACCUUCCUUGUACUGUUUGUAAAUAAAUGUGUGUAAGACUGCUAGCAAAACUGUAUGUACAUUAUAACAGUAUAUUUUAAUAACUAUAUGUCUAAAUUAAAGGAUUUGUAUACUUAA